UCCCACACCCGCCUAGGUGUCCCUUGAGAGAGCGGCCGGCAUGCAGUGGAGCUUACUACCACCCUUGCGAUUUGGACUCACAGCUACAGUCACUCUUCUGCGAACCCGCACUCUCCGGAUACCGCGGGACUCGUCUUUUCACCACAGGGCAAACAAGGCCAUCCAGGGCAUCAGUAUAAAAAGCCAACUCCAGCUUCGCCUCAUGUCUUCUUCUCUCGAAGGCGCCCUUGAACCCCCAGCGAAGAAACUGAAGAUGCAGGAGGAACGCAAAGUGGUCGGAACGCACAACGGGACAUUUCACUGCGACGAGGCACUGGCCGUUUUCUUGCUGAAAAGGACAGAGGCCUACGGCACUGCAGACCUCACGCGUACCAGAGACCCGGCUGUGCUCGAUACCUGUUCGAUCGUGGUCGAUGUUGGCGGCGUGUACGACGAGAGUAAGCAGCGCUUCGACCAUCACCAGCGCGGCUUCCAGGAGGUCUUCGGACAUGGAUUCACGACGAAGCUGUCCUCGGCGGGGUUGGUCUACAAGCACUUUGGCAAGGAGAUCAUCGCCAGUAGGCUGCAUGCAUCCCCAGAGGACGAGAAAGUGCAGACCCUGUGGUUCAAGCUGUACAAGGAGUACAUCGAGGCCAUCGACGCUAUCGACAAUGGUGUCAAUCAGUACGACACCGACCAUAAGCCCAAGUAUCGCAUCAGGACGGAUGUCUCAAGCAGAGUUGGUUUCUUCAACCCAGCUUGGAACGAGCCGUUCGAUUCGAACACAGUCGAUGCCAAGUUUUUGAAGGCCUCUUCACUCGUUGGAGAAGAGUUCAUUUCUCGACUGGACUACUAUGCCAAUGCUUGGCUUCCCGCCCGCAACCUCGUUGCGGCGGCGAUUAAGCAAGCGAGAGCAGCGGAUGUCUCAGCCGGUGGCAAGAUCAUCGUCUUCGACCAGUUCCUGCCCUGGAAGGAACACCUUGCUGAUCUAGAGGAAGAGCUGGCGAUCCCCGCCGAGUCUCUCGCAGUCUAUGUCCUCUACCCUGACGAGACGGCGCACAACUGGCGCGUCCAGGCCGUUCCCCUCGCGCCCGACAGCUUCGACAGCCGCAAGGCCCUGCCUGAAGUAUGGAGAGGCGUUCGCGACGACGAGCUCUCCAAGAAGUCUGGGAUAGAUGGCUGUAUCUUCGUCCACGCCAGCGGCUUCAUCGGCGGCAACAAGACAAAGGAGGGCGCCCUGCAGAUGGCCCAGCGUGCUUUGAAGAUGUGAAUCGUCGAAGAAAGGCAGAUAAAGAAGGGGGCGUCCUAGGGAUGCUGACCGCAUCUUACGAUGCGGGAUGUUACUAAAAGUAACAUAGCGUACACAUAUAAUGUGUAGUAGGGGCUAAGCCCCAUAAUGGGGCUUGUCACCAGGCAAUCUGGCGACGAGUUCAUGACGGUGUCUUCGUCGAGAGUGAUUGAAUCCGUGUAUAAUACUGCAAUGGCGCUUGACACCCCUGGUCUACGGUCUCGG